AUGGAGCAAGGGAACAUCAAGCAACCAGACAGUGUCACCAGCCUCAUCCAAUGGAGGAGACACAUGGAGGUGGUGAAGUUGGAGCUGCUGGAGCAGGUGCAGGCGCAGCUCGGAGACCUGCUGGACAAGGCCGUGGAGGAGGCUGCGGGGUCCUACCCGCAGCCCCACAGGAAGGCCCGGCUGGAGAAAGAGGAUAGGGGGAGAGGCUCCCUGCUGGAGAAGCGGAAGGUGUUCGUCGACCGGCAGUCGCUGCUCGACGAGCUGCUGGAGGUGGAGCACUUCCGAACCAUCUACCACAUAUUCAUCGCCAUGCUCUGUGUCUUCAUCGUCAGCACCGUGGCGGUGGACUUCAUCGACCAAGGGAGCUUAGACCUGGACUUUGACCUCUUCAUCUUUGCUUUCGGGCGUCUGCCCAUGGUGCUGGCCACCUGGCUAGUCAUGUUCCUCUACACCCUGCUGGUCCCCUACAAAGCCCUGCAGCUGUGGGCUGGCUCCUACCACACCGUGCGCUUCCCCCGCCUCUUCACUGCCAUCCUCUGGGGGGCGCUGCUGGCCUGCCAUGCCGCCCUGCUUGGCUUCUACCCCAUCUACACGGUGAUCCAGCACCAGCUCCCACCCGCAUCCAGGUUCAUCGUCAUCCUCGAGCAGAUCCGGUUCCUGAUGAAAAGCCAUUCGUUCCUGCGGGAGGCCGUGCCCGGCAUCAUCCAUGCCAAGCCACCAGACGGGGAGGUGAAGCUGCCUGCAUUGUCAACGUACUUGUAUUUUCUGUUCUGCCCCACACUGAUCUACAGGGAGACCUACCCCAGGACUCCCUACGUCCGGUGGAAAUACGUCGCUCAGAACUUCGCCAAGUUCCUGGGCUGCCUGUUCUAUAGCUAUUUCAUCCUGGAGCGCCUCUGCAUCCCCGUCUUCACCCACAUGAGCAAGCAGCCCUUCAGCAUCAAGACGCUGGUGCUGUCCGUCUUCAACGCCACCCUGCCAGGGACCUUCCUGCUGCUGCUGUCGUUCUUCGCCUUCCUGCACUGCUGGCUCAACGCCUUCGCCGAGAUGCUGCGCUUUGCCGACCGGACCUUCUACAAGGACUGGUGGAACUCCACGUCCUUCGCCACCUACUACCGGACGUGGAACGUGGUGGUUCACGACUGGCUCUACUACUACGUCUACCAGGACCUGUUCUGGCUCUUCAGAGGGAGGUCCCGGGUCGCAGCCAUGCUGUCUGUCUUCAUCAUGUCCGCCAUCGUCCAUGAAUACGUCAUCACCCUCUGCUUUGGCUUCUUCUACCCCGUCAUGUUCACCCUCUUUGCCAUCUUCGGAGUGAUCUUCAACUUCCUGCUGAACGACAAGCGGAAGGGCCCGAUCUGGAACAUCAUCAUGUGGACUUUCCUCUUCAUCGGCCAGGGCAUCCAGGUGUGCCUGUACUGCCAGGAGUGGUACGCCCAGAUCCACUGCCCGCUCGAGCAGAAGACGUUCUGGGGGCUGGUGACGCCGCGCUCCUGGUCCUGCCGCAGCUAGGAGCCCCUCUGGGUGCCGCCUUCCC